AUGCAGAAAUUGUGGCAAAGAGGCUACAACUGGGACGACCCUCUUACUGAAAAGGAAGAUGCGGACUGGAGGCUUCUGUUCGAGGAAAUGAAAGGAUUGAAUGAAGUAUCUCUCGAAAGAUGUCUAACACCUCCUGAAGCUCAAGGUAAACCAGUGUUGUGCAUUUUCUCUGAUGCAUACGGUGCAUGUGCAUAUCUAAGGUGGCAAACCGGAGAUGGCAAGUUCGAGACUCGCUUUGUUGCAUCCAAGUCAAAGGUAGCACCAUUAAAGACAUUGACAAUACCCAGAUUGGAGCUACAAGCCGCCGUAUUAGCUGCCAGACUGUACAAGUCGAUCACUGAAGAGAUGAGAUUAGAGGUUGAGAAAGUGAUGCUCUUCACCGACAGCAUGAUAACUCUACAGUGGAUCAAGUCUUCGGCCAGGAUAUAUAAGCCUUUUGUGUCAAGCAGAAUAGGGGAGAUUCAGACUCUCACUGAUCCCUCAAGCUGGAAACAUAUACCUGGUGAAGAUAACCCAGCAGACAAAGUGUCAAGAGGAAUUGCAGUAAACGACCUUAUGAAUGAAUGGAAGUGCGGUCCUAGAUUCCUGCAUCUUGACGAAACAGAGUGGCCAGUAGACAAGGUGAAUAUUGAUCAGAGUCUUGAGAAUCUAGAGAGACGAAAGACGAAUCAGAAGGUAUUAGUUGUCAACAUGUCAGUUGCCCCCAUCGAAUCUGAACGUUUCUCAAGUUGGCGAAAGUUAGUAAGAGUGACUGCCUACGUUUUCAGAUUUGUGCGGAUUCUUAAGUCAAAGCUCAAGAAAGAAUCCAUGCCAGAUGCUGAUGUGACGUUAGCCCCAGCAGAGUUGAAGAAAGCUGAGCUAUAUUGGACAAAGGAAGCGCAAAAGGGUCUGAAAAGCAGAUUUGAGAGAGGAGAGUUCAGAACCCUUACCCCUUUCGUUGACAACGAAGGAGUAAUCAGAGUAGGAGGAAGAGUUGAGAACUUAGUAACAUCAUAUGAAUCUAAACAUCCAGCUCUGCUCCCAGGUUCCCAUCACAUAGCUCUACUUUUCACACGUCACAUUCAUGAGAUUGGACACCCAGGUAUUGAGACGACAACCGCCAAGGCGAGACGCAAGUUUUGGAUCUUACAAGGACAUCGUUUGGCGAAAACCGUCAAGCAUCGCUGUGUUAAAUGCAGGUCAACAGAAUGUAAGCGUGAGACCCAGAAGAUGGCUGAUUUACCCAGUAGUCGUGUCGCACCUCACACUCCACCAUUUCAUUACACCUCCUGUGACUAUUUUGGCCCCUUUCAAGUAAAGGUUGGUCGUAAUAAGAGGGCCAAACAUUAUGGUGUAAUCUUUACAUGUCUAAAUACGCGUGCCGUUCAUCUGGAAAUCGCAACAGAUUGUUCAACAAUGGAAUUUCUCCAAGUCCUAAGGAGAUUCUUAGCAGUGAGGGGACGACCAGCUCAGAUCCUUAGCGACAAUGGAACUCAAUUUGUGGGAGCUCAACGCGAACUUCGCGAGAUGAUAUCGGGAUGGAGUGAAGAUGAGCUCAAAGAUUUCUGUGCAGAUAAGGGGAUACAGUGGAAGUUCAUCACCCCUAAUGCACCCCACCAAAAUGGGUGCGCUGAAUCUCUUGUUAAAAGUGCCAAAAUAUCAAUCAAGAAAGCAAUUGGUGAGCAAGUGCUCACACCAUUUGAGUUGUAUACAUGCUUUCUUGAAGUAGCUAAUCUUAUGAAUGAGAGACCGAUAGGACGGAAAUGCAAUGACCCAGAUGAUGGAAAUUAUUUGUGUCCAAAUGAUAUGUUGUUAGGUAGGUCUUCUAGAAAUGUUCCCCAGGGUCCAUUUAAGCAAACAAAGAAUCCUCGCGAUCGCGUAGAAUUUGUCCAGCAAAUAGUGGAUUCAUUUUGGAAGCAGUGGUCUCAAAACGUCCUACCACUUCUAGUACCAUGUAGAAAGUGGAACACGGAUCGAAGGAACGUUAGAGUUGGUGACGUCGUAAUGACUGCAGAGAGCAAUGCAAUUCGUGGAAAGUGGACUAUAGCAAGAAUUAUUCAGGUUUAUCCGGGACCUGAUGGUAAAGUUCGAAAUGUGAAGCUAAAAACUGUUUCCGGAGAGUAUCGUAGACCCAUUACAAAACUAGCGGUUAUCUACCCAACAGAAGGUUAUAUUGACUAA